AGCAUUAGAGUUUUCCAACAUGAAUAACCAGACCUCCUGUUUAACCAGCUGGUCAACAGCUAACCUGGUCACCAAUGGUCUGAUGGGUCUUUUCUUCCUUAUUGGAGUUCCUGGAAACAUUGCAGUUAUUAUUGCAAUUGUUCGGCAUUUCAAAAAGAAUAAUUUUACUGUUCAUCUGAUGCUGAACCUGGCUGUUGCAGACAUUUUGUGCUUGCUAACCGUGCCUGGGUGGAUCUACAGUCAGCAAUGCAGCAUUAGUACACCAACCUGCAAGUUUUUCAAAGGACUCGCCUUCUGCAGCGCAUACUCGGGUUUAAUAACAGUUACUGCGCUGAGUGUCUACCGCUGUUUACGGAUCUGGCAUCCACAGAUGUGUCCCAAAAUGGACAAGAGAAAAGAGCGGGUAUUCCUCCUCACCUGCUGGAUUUUGGCAUUGGUUUUCUCAUGUCCUGGUGUAUUAACAACUAAUGUUAUUCAAGUAGAAACUAAAGCAGAGUGUGAAAGAAUCUUGGAUUCCGACGUGAAACUUGCUUUUGCUGCACUGGAGUCGCUGCUUGGAUUUGUGCUUCCUUUGACAGUCAUUUUGAUAUCAUAUUACUACCUGCACAAGAAGGUGAACCAAGGAUUGUUAAAGCACAGGCAGAGAUUAACCAUACUGGUGACCCGAAUUAUCAUAAUGUUCUUAAUUUGUUGGGCUCCACACCAUAUAAUCAAGCUGGUGGAUAUUUUGGCACAACUUUCAAAAUCAAAUCUAGAUUUAAAUUACACCGCUGAUUUUGUUGGAUGUCUUACUUUCAUCAACAGCUGCGUGAAUCCAUUUCUCUAUGCUUUUUCUUCAAAGAACUUACGUCAACAAAAACAAGAGAGACAAGAGACCCGUGUUGUAGGCAUAGAUAGCUCUUCUCAGCUGUGAGCUUCACAUCACACUGCAACCUAGUGCCUUUAAUCUGAAUCUGGGUUGAUUGUUUUUUUUUGGAUAACAGUUAAGUGACUUAGGGGAUAGAUCACCCAAAAAUUAAAAUUCAGAAUGAAAUGACAGAAUUUUCAUUUCUGUGUGAACUCUCCUAAUAUGAAUUUUUCUCCUUGUCCAAUUAACUUAUUUUAAACAUGUUAAUUAACAUAAUAAAAAUAUGUAUUGAUUUAUUACUUAAAUCAGUCGAUUAGACACUAUUUAAAUGAUGAUGUGUUAAAGUAGCAUUGCUCACACCUGGCUGAGGAUUUUGCUGUUCAUAGCAUUCUGUACUGAAUAAUGGGAGUAAAUGUUAAAAUAGUUUUGUGUUGUUUUAUGUUAUAUUAACUAGUAUUCUGUUGUCUUAGUAUUUAAAAAAGUUUCUGUAAUGUUUGUGGUUACCAUUGUUCUAAAGAGUAGGGUAUCUUUUGGAACAGACUAUAAAACAAUUCUGAAACAUUACAGGGUAUAUUGGUAAUGCUAAUGUCAUGAUAUGCCCUUUCUUCUGACUUAAAAAUGUGCUUUUUUAAAAAAAGUUUGUGUUGCUGCUAGAUAGAAAAAUUAUAGCAACUAAUUUUUUGUCAAGAUAAAUAAUAUUAAGUUAAAAUGACUUGUAAAUGAAGAGUUUAUUUAACAAAAAAUUACAGUGUAUGUGUAUGUAUGUAUGUAUGUAUGUAUGCAUAUAACUCUGUGUACUG